CAUGGUGACGGCGUGGGGCCAUGGCGGAGGCGGCCGCGCUGCUGCUGCCGGGGGAGGCCGAGGCCCUGGUGCAGGCGCUGCGGGGCGGCCCGCUGCGGAACACCGGGGACCAGGGAUGGCUCCGGCAGCACGAGGCCAUUGAGAAGCUGAACAUACAGGCGAUUCUGAGCGCCUCUGCCGGUCAGGAACAGCUCCUGAUUGAGCUGCUGGUGAACUAUGCUAAGAUCCCUACUCUCAUCGAGGAAUUGAUCUCUGUGGAGAUCUGGAAGCACAAGGUGUUCCCUGUUCUGUGCCAGCUGGAGGACUUCAAGCCAAAAAGCACCUUUCCCAUCUACUUGGUGCUGCACCAUGAAGCUUCUAUUAUUAACCUCCUGGAGACAGUGUUUUUUCACAAGGAGAUCUGCGAAUCCGCUGAGGACACCAUUCUGGACUUGAUUGAUUAUAGCUACCGGAAACUGACCCUGCUAGCAGCUCAGAGCACCAACUCGGAGUUUCCAAUCCACGAAAAGUUUCUGCCUGAGGAUGUGACCAAUGCAUCAUCAAUGCAGGAAUUACAGAAGCAGGCAGAGAUGAUGGAGUUUGAGAUCUCCCUGAGGGCUCUUUCUGUGCUCCGUUUCAUCACUGAUCAGGUAGACAGUUUGCCAUUGAGUGCCCUGACACGGAUGCUGAACACUCACAACUUGCCCUGCCUCCUGGUAGAGCUCCUGGAGCAUUGUCCAUGGAGCCGCUGCGAAGCAGGCAAGCUAAAGAAGUUUGAGAAUGGAGCGUGGUAUGUUGUGCCUCCUGAAGACCACGUGAGGAUGACCAAGCUGGAUGGACAGGUGUGGCUCUCCCUCUAUAACCUCCUCCUGAGCCCAGAAUGCCAGCGGAAAUACAACUUGGAUGGUUUCAACAAGAGCCAGCUCCUAAAGCUCCGUGCAUUCCUGACUGAUGUCCUCAUUGACCAGUUGCCAAAUCUGGUGGAGAUGCAGAGAUUUCUGAGUCACCUCGUAGUGACAGAGCCUGUUCCACCCAAAAAGGACCUCAUCCUGGAGCAGGUUCCCGUCAUCAGGGACCGCAUUGUCAGAGAGAACUCUGGGAAGUGGCAGGCGAUUGCCAAGCACCAGGUGAAGCACAUGUUCAGCCCCUCAGAGGAUGAGUUGAAACACCUGGCGUGCCGAUGGGCGCGGACAUACAACCUGGAUGUGCUUGAGGCUCUCGUCCCAGAGAAACCCAAGUGCGGGCUGUGCGGCUCGGAGGCAACAAAGCGCUGCUCUCGCUGCCAGAACGAGUGGUACUGCAAACGGGAGUGCCAGGUGCAGCACUGGCAGAAGCACAAGAAAGCGUGCAACCUGAUGGCUGAUGCCCUGAAGAAAACAAAAGAGGACCUGAAAGUGCAGCCAUAAUGCAGAGCCGGAGCCUUCCAAAGAGGGACUAUUUCUCCCAGGCAUUCCAGCAAUCCAAGAGCAAAGGGUCGCCAGUUAGAACUGGAGACAGACAACCCCUUGUUCAUCUUGUUCAUCUAACCUGGGCUCAGUGCACCACUGCUGCCUGCCUCCUGUGUAACUGCAUUCUGCAGUAGUGCAUGGGCUGCUCCAGAUCCCAGCCUUGCAGCCAAGGACAGUAGGCCCAGAUCCACUACCAUGGGAUCGUGCUCAGCUCAGCGGGAUGCAGCAGCCACUGGCCGACACAACUGAUGCCUCCCUUUAGGCAGCUAGGAAAAUUGCUUGCUGAGAUUGGGAGCCUUGGUUCUCUCAUACCCCAUUCUGUCUCCUAGUUUCUGAACCCUUCCUUGCUUGAGAACAGGCUGCUCCUGACCUCGGUGACCCGUUUAUGCUAAGCAGCUUUUUCCGUGCUGUCACCCGUGACUCAGAAGCAGCUUGUGUCACCGGGCAUCCUGCUCGGAGCAGGUGCCACCUGCAGUCAUGCAGCAUGGCAGUGAGCACUGAUCUCGCCACUCUGCAGCAGCAGCACCACCAUGGCAGCUGGCAAGUUUGGAACCAACCAUUGACUGCUGCUGUCACUACCUGCUGCUGGGAAUGCACCAUGGGCCUUAAGGAAAAUACGUUUUCUGCUCCCAGGGCUCAGAGGCCAGCAGUAGCCGCACUGGGUUCAGAACCUCUUCUGCUGGGACUCCCACCUCCCCCCCUACAAUUUGUUCUCCAGUAAAUGGGUUGAGCCACUAACCAUCUUGUUCUCAUUCAUCUCCCUUCUGCAACACUCUGCAGCAGCCACCCUAGAGAUGACAAAACCACUUCCUCACUUAUUUCCUGCAUCAUCCUACUGGGGAGGAUUUUAUAAACCCCAUCUCUGCCAGUAAUGAGUUUACAAGGUCUCUGUUGAUGCUCAGAUGCCAGUCAGGGCCAUACAUGCAGGGAGGGAAUUGCCCAGGAAGUGACAUCGUCUGUGCCUUCCUUAUCUAGGUGCUCAGUUCUAUAACAUCCUUGCACAGACCUUGCAGUGUAGACUGGGGGAGGGGCAGGGAAACGGAUGUGGUUAGGACAAAUACUUCAAUUUUCAGAGGCUCAUUGUUUCAUGGUUGAGAGCAUAAUGCGGUGUCUUGGUGGCUACCCAGGGACUUGCCUCCCGCUCUGGGAUUUUCUCUGCAUUGUAGUGAGAAAUGAAAUGAACAAUCAGUUCCAUCCAGAAAGCAGCCCAAGUCAUGCUCUUUGUGUCAGCCCUGGUCAACCAAAGUUGUGUUCUGGUCAGAAUGCCAAGGAUCAGUCCCCAUGCAGCUUGUCUUAAGUCACGUUUGAUAUUGAUCUUCCUGCCCCCUCAUCCCCAUCUGUUCCCCCCCCCAUGCUGAAAACCCUGCAGCUAAGGUCAUGAGUAACUUCCCCAGUUGUUUGGGUCAUGCUAUGAGGUGUGCUGGCUCCCCCAGUGUUGGCCUCCAAUGAGCCUGAAUCCUGCCAACUCAAUCCUGUUAAUGACCAUGUAUGUGAAUGCAGCGUAAUUGUAGCUGUGUUCAUCCCAGGGUAUGAGAGAGAGACAAGAUGGAUGAGGUAAUAUCUUUUGUUGAACCCACUUCUGUUGAUGAGAGAGACAAGCUUUUGAGUUACACAGAGCUCUUCUUCACGUCUGGGAAAGGUACUCCCAGCCUCACAGGAAAAUGUAAAGUGGAACAGAUUUUUAAUGUCUAGCAGAACUUAAAUUCAUUAUUCUGUUAGACACUAAAAAUCGUGGACUGAACAGAGACUGGAUGUAUGGUUUGUUACAACAAUCUGUAAUCUACUAACUCCCCUCUUUUAGUCCUAUGGCUGCCGAGGUGUUAACAGACCACUUCACCUUGAAUGGUCCCUGUAGUGGGGCGGUUGCCUCACUCUUGGAGAACGGGGGUUAAAAGCAGCCAAGCUAGGCUGAUUGGGGAAGCAGCCACAGCUGUGGCCAGCUAAAUCAGGGCCCAGCUGGCCCUUAUAAGAGGGCUGAGGGCGAGAAACUGGAGGAGUCUCACUCUAGUCCUGGAGUGGGAAGGGCUAGCUGCCUGGCAGCAAGGUACCUGAACUGGAGCAGUGCUGGGGAAUAGGUCUGGGGAGCUCCAGCCUGGUAAAACCCCAGGCCUACAGAGGUACUGGGGCUGCAGAGAUACAGCCUGGGGAUAGGCAAAGGCAGCAGGUCCUAACCCCUUGCCAAUGAUCAGUGGCCAUUACAAACUUCAGUCUGCCCCAGUGAGCGGGGGCUAGAUGAUGACUGUCAGUAGCCACUAAGGCAAGGUGGGUUAAGAGGCAGGAGGGGACCCCCAGAGUGUGGGGGUACUGCUGGGGGCAGAACCCUGAGGUAAAGGGAUGCGGGGCCUGUGGCAGGUGAGACACCAGCCAACAGAGGGCGCUCUGGGCUGGAGUUGAGCCAAUUCCCAAGACUACCAGCAGGAGGUGCCGUGCUGGUGAGUCUUCGCUUCGCUUCAGUCCCUUAGAGUAUGUGCUAACUACUUACGCUAAACAAUCUUAUGCUCAUACACCUUGUCUCGAUAAUGACCAUGUGGACAGUUACAACAAAUAGUCCUGGAAGAGUUGUCCCAGGGCAUCGUGUAGCUGCAAAAGUGGCCUCUCUGGCCAUCUAUCUUUCGCUGAACCCCAGGUCAUUCUGCCUGGAAGCCAUGGGCUUAUAUAAAUAUGCCUCCAGAAAAGGAGAGAAGGCUGCUUCUGCUAGAUUGGUUUGAGGUUAGAGAUAGGUCUAAGCUAGUCAAAUCAGGAGCCAGACUUACCUGAACGCUCGAGAUGUUAGAUGCUGUGGUUUGCUUCCACCCAUGAUAAGAAAAGCAGUGAAGUUUGGAUCUGGCUCUGAACUCUUCUGAAAGCUAUGCUGUUCUCACCUGAACUUUCAGCUUAGUCCCCUCUCUAUCUGAUGCUUUAGAAAAAGUGAGGCUGACCAAUCCCCAGUGUUCAAAAAGCAUGAAUUAGGCCCCCAAAAUAAUGAGAUUAGCUUAAAACCCAAGAUUUUUAAAAAUAACCAGUGCUGGUCUUUCACCCUUUAGUGGCCAUGUUAUCAAGGUUUUCUCCACAACCAUGAGGGCUAGAAACGUACUUCUCUUUUAAGUGUGAGCCGAGAUGCUCUGUUAAUCGUUUGACUCCGGGAGCUGGGGCUUUAAGAAAAUCACCAAGUAUCUUGAGACUCACGAUAAAAUCCCAAGUGUCAGCAAUCAUGGAACAAGCAAAGUGAAUGGGAAAUACGACAAGUAUGUGCAAAAACUAGGUAAUGGAAGUGGGGCUGGGAAGUCAAACUCCUGGAAAUGUGGGGGCGUUUGAGGCCCACGUCACCUGUGUCUGGAUGCAGCUCUUGGGCAGAUGCUAGUUUAGACAGAGAUGUUUGUUGUUCUAAAGAGCUGGGCAGAAGGAUCCAGCCUGUGACUUCAGAGAGCAGUUUUUCUUUUGUGGAUGUUAGAUUCAGCAUUUUCUUUAAUCUUUCCUUGUAGAUAAGCAUGAAUGUAAACAAGAGCAGGCUGGGCCAGGCCAGCCUAGAGGGACAGGGGCUCUCUUAUCACAGGCUCUCCCAGCUUCCCACACUUUAGAUCUUCCUCUUCCUUCAACCCUCUCAGCCCCUUCCUGGCAUCUAAACUGGUCCUGGGUUUGCCCCAGUCCUAUCCUGGAGGAAGGGUCAGGAGCAACGUUCCCUCUAAUUUUUGACAGGCAUUUUAUUCUGUGCAAAUUAUUGUGCUUCUGUGCACAUUUUUGUGCACACAGUGUUUUGCCGUGUGCAUGGGGUUUCGGAUCUGUGUGUGCGCGCCCACAGCUUAGAGGGAACAGUGGUCAGGAGAACUACACUGAAAAUUGUGAGGUGCUCAGAGACCACACUAACGAGGGCUACAGACAGACAUUUCCCUCCCCCCCCGGCCGCUUUCUGUGUGGAGGGCAGUGACUGGGAAUUAGAAAGUACCAGUUGAGAUUGAUCUGGUUUUGAAAUUCCUGCUUUUAGCCAUACAUGUGAUAGAGGCUGAACUGGAAGAGCACAGAAAUAUGGCGACGUUCGGGCACCAAACAAAGAGGGCACUGGCUGCCACCAAACUUCCUCUGUCAGAAGUUGUUGACUCAUCAUCCAUGAUGUGAUUUUACAAUCUGGGUGCUUAAUGUUAGUGGAGCAGGAAAUAAUCAAGUAACAGGCUGCUUUGAAAUGCUUCUAACUUUUCAAAAGUGCACACAAGGGAACCUUUUCCAUGCUGAGAUACAGCCACCUCUGGGGUGGAUUUCUGCACUGUAAGGGAAACCUUUAGGCAAACCACAGCUGUAACAUUACCUGUUUCACUCAGAUCUUUUUGCCCUGUGUGAUCUUUGAGGCCCUCUAAGAGCUUGAGUUUUGAAAGGUUUGGCCAGAAGAUCACAUGGUGAACGAACAAAACAUGAAAUUCAGUGUAUGAGGCUCUGGAAGAUGAAGGGUUGAGCUGAUCAAGCUGGGCUUUGAACGUGUGGGUCUAUUUUCAGUCAGGAUGCUUAAGUCCCCUCCCUGCCUUUGUAGAGCAGGUCCUUAAAAGGGGAAGGGGUCAUGUGGUCAGGAGUGCACUCACAAGCUUGUACCUUUUGUGAAGGCCCUUCACCCGGACCGCCUGGCCAGUGGUCCGCUGCGUUGCAUUCCAUCGUGCCUUGGGAAGACUUACCUUUCCAUUGCUGCGCUGUGGGACACUUACCUUGAAGGAUCCUGACAUCUCCCGUGCUGUGCCUGUCCUGGGAGCGUGAGUAUGCAAAUGUGAGUGUUACUCCCCCGCUCCCCACUUUUGAGCUUAGCUAUCAGAAUAAUAAACGUGCUGCUUUCUGCCAAA